CUAUGUUUUUUAAAUUUCUCACGGUGCAGAGUAAAUAAAUAAUGGCUAAAUCAUGUGUUGUUGUUUUGUUUUAAAAUCUAUUUAUUACUUUUAGUUUUAGCUAGCUUACUAGCCAUAUAAAAAAGCCAUAUAAAAAGGCAGAGCAAAACUAUGGCAGAGCAAUCUUUGGAAGAAAAAAUGAAGCAGCUACUUACAUGCAGCAUCUGUUUACAAAGGUUAAGACAUCCUAAAACAUUAUCCUGCGAACAUUCGUUUUGUCAGAGAUGUCUACAGUUAAUUUUCAGAAAAAGUAAAGGGCAACUUGUUUGUCCUAGUUGUCGUACAAAACAAGAUCAGAUAACUCAAUUGACAGAUAUUGCAUGUUUGCACACUGGUUUGCAUUUAAGGCAAACAAUGGAUGUUUUUAGUGAAGAUUUAAAAGAAAAAGAGUCAAGUGAUGAGGAUGCAACGAAUUUCGAUGAGGCAGACACUGUUGAUGAUGAUGAUGAUAAUAUCGAUAAGAAAUUAAAACAGAAGGUUGAAAUUCCAGAACUGGAAAAAUUGUCACUCAAUAAAAAAUCUGUCAAUAAAAAAGUUGAUAAAAAUACCUUUCAUGACCUGGAUGGUGCAUGCUCUAAUCAUACCGAAACUGAUGAUGAUUAUGAAAGUGAAAUUGAGGAAGAUUUAGAUGAUGACUUAAAGAAGAAAGUUCGUGAAGUUUCAGAUAAUGAAUCAGAUGAUAACGUGUGUUCUGCAAAUCCCAUUGCCUGGCCUAAAAAAUCUAAGAAGCAUCAUCUUAAGAAAAAGAUUUUUAAAAGGAUUUCAAAGAGCCUGUUUAAGAAUCAUAUUGUGCAUGAUCUAAUGGAAGAAAGCCCUAGAAAGUACAAAGUCACUUCCAACGAAACUCCUUUAAGCGAAAAUAAAAAAACAGCCCCUGAAAAAAGCAUUCCCAUUGAGAGAGAAGAAGAAAGAGGCACAGGUAAAAUAAAACCUGAUGAUAAACAAGAGGUAAAAGAAGCUGAAAAAAUCUUGUCUUGUUCAUAUUGUAAAGAACAAGGUCAUGACACAAAAGAAUGUAAGGAACUUGUAAAGUUAAGACGGGCUGAAAGACAAAUAGCUUACACUGGAAGCUUAGCUGGGGUAAGUUAUGCUACAAGAGCAAAACUUAGCGCAUCUGCAUUAAGCAAAUUGAAGACUGGAGCUGUCGGUUAUAAUGCAGGUGGUUUAAGAACCAAGCGAAAUGUAACUUCAAAGAAAGUUCGAAAUUCUUCAUCGAGUAGAUCUCAAGGGCGUAGCCGUGGUAACAAACGUGGUUUUCUUGUUGUUUUUUAAUAUCGUGUCUUUUUUCGCUAAAGCGUCAUUUUAACUUGUUUCAUCCAUGUAAGCGUUUUGUUAAUCAUGCUAACCCACUGUUGUUUUACAAGGCUUCCACCACAUGAUAUCCUUUGUUUUACUUGCCUUUGAUGUGGUCAUCAACAGUGGUAUCUUUGUUGAAAUGUUGAAAUUUUCCGCAGCAGGGUGAUGAUUUCCGCAUUCUCAGUGAUGGUUGCGUGUAAUGUUUAGCAACAAAAACUGGCUCAUGCUUUGGAAGGUAACUUCAAGAUGCAAUGUUGUUUAUCAUGGAAUAUGGACAUCUUCAAAAGGAGAAUUUUCACUGUGCAGAGAUAGAGAGUCCUAGAGUAUUUAAUGCUCAUUUUGAGCUACACAGACCCAAUUAGUAGGGCCCAUGCUCUACUAGACAAAUCCCGGCAACAUCCAACAGCCCACACAGUGUGCAAUCUUCCUAAUUUCCCUCACAUGGCUCGAGUUAACGUGGGGCUAUGGUAACAUUCACUCGCCCAUUUUGAAUCGCUGUCAAGAAAUAAAAAAUAAAUAAAAAAAAAUUAUAUUUUAUGCGAUCAGUCUUACCAGUUUUGAACGCAGCCUUUAGCUCCCAUUUGAGCUACAGAAACCUUUUUUGAAAUUCUUGCCCAACUGGAUGACAGCCUUAUGUGGGGAUCAAUCCCACAACCAAUUGGACAUGAGUCGAUUGCUCUACUGACCGUAUUACUAAUCCCCAUAUAUCAAAUUUAUUUGUCAAUUUAUGUCUGUGUUUGUUCAAUUUUUAAGAAAAAAAAUGACAUGGUAUUUGUAUUGCUCAUUACUUAAGCUAUAUUUGUAAUAUAUAUAUAUAUAGAUUAUAUUUAGAGAAUUUAUGAUUCAUUCUUCUCAA